AUGAUCGAAUAUUUUACAAAGUGGUACGAAGCCAUCCCUCUACAGCAGCAGGACACAAAAUCCGUCACAGCGGCCAUCCUUAUCGUUUGGGUUUGCCAUUAUGGUGCGCCCACGAUAAUAAACUCUUCUUUAAUUCUACGGGAUUUUCAUCUUCCCAUCGGAGCUGGUACCACGACUUAUGACAUUUCCACCGGACACGAACGUCCCUUUAUCUCAGCAACUUUGCGAAGACAGGUCUUCAACGUUCUUCAUGGUCUAUCCCACCCAGAACUUCGGAUGACAGUGAAAUCAUUCGCUAACCGAUUCAUCUGGCACAACAUCAACUGGAUGGUUGCCUUUGGACAUGAUCUUGUCUUCCAUGCCAACAAGCCAGCAUUGAUCGAUAUACUGCAUCUCCAAUAG